AAACAGAGGGGUGGAUCUGACCAACAACAUCCACCCCAACAAUAAGCCACAAAUUGAUUUCUUGGCAUUCCCCGAAUACAAAAGCCGGCCCACUGCCUUUCGUCUGUAGAUUCUCUCCCGUCUCUGAUCGCUCUUGCUUGCUCGCUGCCAACACCGCCGACACCGCCAGCGCCGUCCAAGACAUGCAGCAGUUCAUAUCACUCCCAAGCACCAUCCUCAUUGAAAUCGGUCUCUGGACUGAUUCGACCGAUAUUUUCCGAACGAAUCGCUUCUUUUACAGCCUGUGGAAGCUCAACUCGACCCGCUGUCGCUUUCUGCUGCGGCGAUACGGGCCCGCUUCGGUGCUCUUCCGCCCCGAGGUUACCCUGCCCACCAACCACCAGAACACACAGCCCCGUCGCAUCAAGCGUUAUCGGGGCUUCAACGUCGCCAUGUUCAUGGCGCUCGUCCAACAGUUCGGAGCAAAGUUCAAAUACGCACCGCUCUUCCCGGGCGAGUCCGAGCGCUACGACCGCACCGACGUCACAAGCAGCCUCUGGAAGAGGCUCAACCACGAGCUGGCGCUGUCGUAUCCGUCCGGGGCUGGGUCGAUGCCGUUUGCCGGGGAUGCUGAGGGUCCCGACAGCCUCGUCUUCCAGCUGGGCGACCCGUGGCUGUGGGCGGUGGGCUGCGGCUCGCCUGAGCCGCUGAGGUUCCUGCUUGCCGAGGGAGCCGAUCCCGGAGCUCGACGUAGCGCCCGGGAAAGGGAUCUGAUGCUGCUUGGCGACCUGGCCGUCACCAAGGCGCUGAAUCAAUGCUUCCGCAGAGGAAGCCUGGAGCCCAUGUGGGUACUGGACGAGCUGGCACCCUACCCGGACUACCAGCAUUUCCUGGACACGGCCCUCGAAGCUACAUUUGUGACCCUUCGGCGCCAUAUCGGCCCGAGCCCGAUCCAUUGCGACAGCGACCAGCAGGCCAUCAAGAUGCACUAUCGGAUAGUCUUCCAGUAUUUGUGCAAUCGCGGCGCACGGAUAGGUCCCGACACCAUGCGGGUGGGCAUCAACUUUGCCCACCGUUUAUGCACUGACCCUCACGAGCUCGACCUUAUUCAUAGUCUGUUCAACGAGGCCGCCAAGACCGCCUAUCGAGAGCUCAUUCCACCGAACCAAGCCCGCAACUUUGUUGACGCGGCGCAGAAGGCAAGAAACGAGCCAGUUGCGGCUUACCUCAAGGACUACUUUGCCGUCUCGGAGUAACGACAUGGGAACGACCUGGAGGCCGUUCGCUGGCCGCUCCUUCUUGUUGUGGCGGAACAGCCGCUCAAAGCACCUGGGUGCCCUCAGACCCGAAGCAUAUAUCUCCUUCAUGAAGUGCAUGGUUAUUGUGGGGGGCAAGCGCGUGCGAAUGAACUCUCAUGCAAGAAAUGCGGACCAUCAGAAAGAGCAGCGGGAAGUUCGAUUCCAUCAAUGGUCGGUAACCACGAGCCGAUGCCGAAGGCUGCUGCGACACUGGUGAUUCUCUCAAGCCCGAUCGAAUCAUCCAGCCAAAGGGAGCACUCAUGUCCCGCCAUUGCAGUUGAAUGAAGCACAGGGCACAGGCCACAGUCUCAAAUCUAUUUUGAUGGCACAGAGCCAAAUGAAAUAAAAGAA